UCCUGCUACAUGUCCCAACCAGAACACACAUUACUUUCCCCUUCGUAGCAGUGAAACACAUGCGGUCGGAAUACAAACCUUACUCAUAACAAAAGAUGUGUCAAACGUACAAGAAGUCGCUGCGGUCACGGUUGUGAAACCAUGACAAGAUGAGAAGACACGGAAAAGCUAGGUUUGCCGUGGAUUUAGCACAUGCUAGCUGAUGCUAACUAAGCUAGCUGUGUAAGCUAACGAUGGGAAAGAUGCUUGAAAGACGAGUCGGACCACAGAUGUGCAGUACGUGAGUCUGACGAGGAUGGUGAUCGCGUGCUGAGGUCAGCAGACAUCCAGGAGCCAUGAAAGAAGAAGGCGGGACCGAGCGUUUGGMUGCAGCUCUGUUCGAGGACUCGGAUUUUCCCUGCACGGACUCGUCCCUGUUCUCUGACAGCACCACGCCCCUCGCCAAACUGCAGGGAGAGAUCGCCUGGCGACGCCCACAGGAGAUCUGCCAGUCGCCGAUUCUCUUCCCUCCAAACAUCAACAUGGCUCAUGCAAAACAAGGUCUGCUGGGAGACUGCUGGUUUCUCUGUGCCUCCAGUGUCCUGCUUAAAAACCAACAUCUUUUAAACAAGGUGUUUCCUGCAGAUCAGCCUCUGUGGGGAAACAGCAGAUACAGAGGCUGCUUUAGGUUUUGCUUCUGGCAACAUGGGAACUGGACAGAGGUGACCAUCGACGACCGCCUGCCCUGCAUCAAUUCCACCCUCUGCUUCUCACACUGCCACUCCCCCUCAGCCUUUUGGAUAGCCCUGUUGGAGAAAGCUUAUGCCAAGCUUCACGGWUCAUAUGAGCACUUGUGGGCGGGGCAGGUGGCGGAGGCCCUGGUGGAUUUGACCGGUGGCGUGGCUGAGCYCUGGAGCCUGGGCGGCUUUGGCUCAGAGGAGCAGCAGCGAACAGAGCAGGACAGUGAUCAAGUCCAGAGGAAAAAGCUGGACCUGAAUCUUCUGUCCCACGUGAAGGAUGACUGUGCGCUGAGCUGUUCCACCCACGGUGCCCCUGGAGGACUCAGUGAGACGGGUCAGUACCAUGCUCUGACAGUGAUGGAGUGGCUGGAUGUGAAGAAGGUGUCAGGGAGCGAGGUGCGGCUGCUCAGGAUCAGAAACCCGUGGGGUCGAUGCUGCUGGGGUGGUGCUUGGACUUGGAGUGGUGUCGGUUGGAGCUCUCUCGACUCAGAUUGCGCCGCGGACCUAAAAUCCAGGCUGGCAGAGGGCGAAUUCUGGUUGGAUGAGGCUGAGUUUAUGUCCCAGUUUGAUGACAUCACAGUGGGAUUUCCCAUCAGUGAUGAGGGACACUUGAAGAGCAUUUACACAGGAAAUCUUCUCACACACAACCAUCAGCUGGCCGGGCGGUGGAUAAAAGGGUACUCUGCUGGCGGUAGCCGAAACUCCAGCAGCUACAGCAGUAAUCCCAAGUUUUGGCUCAAAGUGUGUGAGAGAGGAGAGGUACUGAUGUCCUUACUGCAGCAUCGAAAAUGGAGAAACAGGAAAAACGCACAAAUGUCACUGGAGGCCGGCGGGAACACGAAGCACCAGCACUACCAAGCUAUUGCUCUGCACAUGUGGAAGGUGGACAAGAAGCGUUUUAAUCUGAGUCGUACGUUGAACAAACUACCUUUUUGUUCUACUCACUGCCAUGCCUAUGAGAGGGAGGUGGUCCUCAGCAGGCACCUGGAUCCUGGGUACUACCUUCUUAUUCCCAGCACCUACCAGCCAGGAGCUGAGACCUGCUUCCUGAUCCGGGUCUUUUCCUCCUCCUCCACAUCACUCAGUGCCCUGAAAAGCCCAGCAUCCUCACUGCCACUGACAGCAGAUGGCGAGUGGGAGACCACUUCCUUCUGUGGCUCAUGGGUGGAGGGAAGGACGGCCGGAGGAAGCAGGAACUUCCUGUCCCACUGGCGGAACCCCUGCUUCCCUUUCACAGUGUCCGAUGAGUCAGAUGUGACGUCUGGAGUUAACGUGAGGAUUACUCUGCACCAGAGCCGCCCUGACAACGAUCUGCUGCCGAUUGGUUUCCAUGUUUAUAAGGUACCUGGUGGGGUAUCGGAGCAGAUGACAGUCAAAGAGGGCGAUCCUGUGGCCAGUUGCAUCCCCCACUGUUACACGCAGGACGUCAGCCUGGCCUGCACGCUUCCUCCUGGAUCCUACACCUUAGUGCCGUCCACUUAUCAGCCGGACUGCUCGGCAAACUUCACCCUCAGCCUGACUCGAAGAAUACACAGAAAAGUGGUGAAAAGCCAGGAACAGCUUGGACGAAUGAUUCAGGAGGUCUCUCACGUCUCUGUGAUGAAAAAGUAGUUCUUGGGAUUGUUGCUGCUUGGCUGACGUCAGCUCAGCGUCCUGUGCCUUUUGGCCCACGAUGAAACAACCAGCCGCACCAUCAGCGCUCACCACAGAAGGCAGGACUGUGUUUGUGUUUGUAUAUAUGUACCAUGAGUGGCCGGCGGGCCAGGGAGACAAACCACCGAGGCUCUUGGUUUCUGUGCAGCCACACAAUCGGCGGUGAUUAGAACAUCAGAGGUUUUCGAUGGGCUGGGCUGCUAAUGAAGUAUGACGGCGCUGGCUGGUGUAAACAAACAGUGGCCACUGAAGAAUACCGCCACUGCAUUCGCUCAUUCACUCACUGCUGCGCCUGCCGGCUCAGAACAAAGAGUCCUCUCAUGAAGGUCCUCACAGAGGCACAGGGGGCAAGGGGUGAGGGUAUGGUCUGCAAAAGCAGAGCCAACCACACCAUGCCAUACCCUCACAAAGCUUCCCACCCAUCCUUCACCAUCAUACACUGAGCUUCUUAUGUAGCUAGAAUGAUUAUUUCUAGAUAUUUUACUUAUUUAGACACAAAACAGCUUGUGUCUGUAACAAAAACUAAUGGCAAACUGCACAAUUAGAAGCCCACUUCAUUCCCAAACUCGCCCUCCACCUUCCUUUUAGACCCCCGACUCGGUUCAAAGCUCUGCGUGGACCUGGACAGAUCCAUCGUUUGAAGUCGCCGCAAGAACAGAAGCCAAGCGAAGGGAUGAAACAAGGAGGGCGGCACAUCAGAGGAUGCGAGUUCAAACGAAGGGGCCCGCCGGUCCCUUUUGUGUCGAGGCUGCGCAUGCGCGCUGUGUGCCCGUCUGCUCGUAGCCGUCCCAUAUCUGGGAACUGAAGUCAUCAAGUUUCAGAGCCAAAGUUGGCCAACUUAAAAAGCUGUGAAAAACUGUCUGAGUCGUGUUGUGUACAUGUGAGUUUAUUUAUUAUGCUUGGAAGUAUUAAAGUAUGUUCAAUAAAUUGUUCCAACAUAA